AUGAACAGAUCGGAAAAAAUUGGUAAAAUAUUUAUGGCUGCAGAAAUUCUAAAAAUAUCUAAUUAUUCUAAUGAAGAAACUGAAAAUGAUUCGUACGCCCCUCUAUUAAAAGACGUACAACCAAAAUGUCGGGUUUACCAGUUAAGUUUUUAAUAGAUAUUAAAUAAUUAUGUAUACAAUAUCAUUUAUCUUUAUUUAAUAUUUAUUUUGAAUAUAAAAAUAAUUCAUAGAUUAAAUGUACUGUUUUGGGGAUUGCGACAAUUGAAUUUACACUUACGUGAGCCGUUCGUUCGAAUGUACUGCUCUGGUAUAUACGUCGACUCUGAUAUAAUUAAAAAGGUUAUCUCCUUCCCAAAUUUUCCAAGCGAAUCGAAUACAAAAUGUUUAUUAAAUAUAGUAAGUAAUAUAUGUAGCUAAAUAAAAGUCGUAUUUUUAUUAAUGGUUUUACUACAAAUAACCAAGGAAUUACCUGAAGAUCUAAAUCUCAUACCCCCGAUAUGUUUUCAACUUUUUACUAAGAAUAAGCUACAAAAAGAACCUAUUGCAGUUGGAAUGUGCAGUACUUUUCAAACUAUAAAUGAGUUUUUAGUUCCUAUGAUAUCAGAAUUUGAAUGGAAACAACUAAGAAAUGAGAAUCCAGUUCAUUCUGGUAAAAUUGAUUAUUUAUUUGGUGUAUUUUGGUUUUUAGAUUCCGAGCGUAGCGGUUUUUCUAUUUAUUUCUUCUAUUUUUUCUUUUUCUUUGUUCUAGUCUGUAGUCACAUUUUUUUUAGUAAACUUUUUCCGAUUUUUACGUAUACUAACUUUUCUGAGAGCUCAAGUUGUCUAAAUCAAGAGAGGUUAUUUUUUAAAUAAAAACAAUUAAAUGGGGAAAAACGUAAGAAAAUGAAUAAUUUUCAUUAUUACGAUUUCAUUAUUUUAUAAAAACACAGACGACGUUUUCUACCAGAAAAAAUUAUUUAAUCGAAAAAUCACAUGAUACAUUUUUGUUGCCUUUUUGAUUUAAUUUCUUACGGUAUUAUUGCCAAUACUUUUGAGCUUUUAAGAAACUUUAAUUUUUGUGAGUUUUUUGUAAUUCAGUUAUAAAUACACGUAGAGAUUUGAAACUUGGUAAUAAUACUUAUAUUGAACUUACUUAGACGUGGUAACAUUUUCAAAAUCAUCGGACGAAUUUUUUAAUCAGCGUUUUGAAAUAAAAUUUAAAUGAAAAUCGCAAAAAAAAAUUACGGAAUUUCAAAUUAUGUAUUAUCGAACUACGCUCGGAAUUGUCUUUCGUUAAGCCAUGGUUUAUCGUUGCUUACAGAUAUAAAUGAAAUAAUUUUAUGUAUCCUACCUUUUCAAUUUCUCACCUACAAUAAUGGCCACUCCUAUCCCCAAUAUCAGCUUUUUUUUUAUUAAAACCCAUGUUAAAACAGUUCUAGAAAUAGAAGAAGAAAGAGAAAUAGGAAUAGGAACAAAAAUUGAAAAUACUAAUAGCAAGUUAUUAAACAGCAAUAAAAUAGAUUCAAAAGUAAUUCUUUCCAUAAAAUAAUGCGUAAAAACUUAUGAGUUUUAAAUUAUUUUUAUUUUCAGUUUAGCUUUAAAUUGAUAUAUGAUUUUUCAAAAAGAACAGUUGACAUUUUAACACCGUCUAUCUUAAAAAUAAUAAUAUCAUGGAUUUUUAAACAUAUUAAGUCAAUUUUAACUUUUGUAUUUGAUACAUUAGUAUGUAUAUGUCCAUUUAUUAAUGGAAUUGCUAACUGGUCAUCCACAAAAUAUCAGAAUUUUAAGGACAAUUUCGAGGAUAAAUAUUACAAUUUAAUCGAUAACGAGCUUGACGAAGAUGAAAACGAAUUCACCUGGUGGACAAAAUACUAUGGAUUUAAAUACCAAACGGUCGUAUAAAUUAUUAAUAAUCAAAAAUGUAUUUAAUUAAUUAAACAUAAAGUGUACUCAAACUGUUUAGAGGUAUUACAAAUGAUUAUAGAAUACAGUUAGGGUAAAAAAAUAAAAAUAUAUAAUAACUAAAUAAAUCAAAUUCUGUUUUUUUAUGUACCUAACAAUCAAUAUAAUUAUAAAAAAUAAUUUAUUGUAUAAAAUUUGAGUUUGAGCGAGUUUAUACGAAUACAUUAAAAUAAAAUUACAUUAUACUUGAAACCUAUACAAUAUAUCUUUUGUUAGUAAUUAUUCAAUAAUAGUUAAUAAUAAUUUAAAAAUUACAGAAUACUUUCAAAAAGAAUAAGCGUAAAAGUACAUUUUCAAAAAUGGCAUGUAAAGUUAUGCCGAAUUGUGCGUGUUGCAAUGAAUCUCAAGUCAAAACUUCUUUAGCCAAAUAUUAUUCAAAAAUUAAAUCUAUAAUAGUAUGAGUAACAUUAAACAAAUGGGUUUUAAAUAUAAUUUGAUAUUUGUUUCAAGGUUUAUGAUAGCGAAUUAGAAAAUGUACCAGAGUUUGAGAAGUUUGAAGAUAAUAUAAAAAAAUUUGAAAUCUCCGGAUUGAACAAUGAUGAUAAUAGACACUCAGAAAGUAUAGCUGUUUUAAAAGUAAUUAAUAUAAAUUAAUAUUUUUACAAAACUGCUAGACUAGGACAAUAAAUUAUUUACGUAUACAGUAUACGUAAACGGAAUGUAUAUGUUUUCAUCAUAUUAGUAUAAUUUAGGGCAUUACAUUUAGAUUCUGAGUAGAGUGAGAAAUAUAUUGACCGUUUAACAAUGGUAGUUAUUUGUUUUUCUGAAAUUAUUUUAGUUAUUUUUUUUAUUUUUGAAGCGGAUUUCCUAAUAAUUUGAAAAACGGCAAAAUUUAUAAAAUUUAUUAUUUUCAAAUUUGUUUUUGUUGUAACCCAGUUAAAAAUAUUCAGACAAAAAAUUUAGACAAAAAAUUUACCACGUUUAAAAAUGACAAAGGUAAAUUUUUUGUCUGAAUAUUUUUAACUGGGUUACAACAAAAUCAAAUUUGAAAAUAAUACAUUUUAUAAAUUUUGCCGUUUUUCAAAUUAUUAGGAAAUCCGCUUCAAAAAAAAAAAUAAAAAAAAUAACCUUAUAAAAAUACCACGCAGAUAAAAAUUUUACAGAAAAAAAAAUAACUACCAUUGUUAAUCGGUCAAUAAAUUUCUCGCUCCACUCAGAAUCUAAAUGUAAUGCCCUAAAUUACACUAAUAUGAAGAAAACAUCAAUGAAAACUAAUAUAUAUAUUUUAACUAAUACUCCAUCUAUUAAUGGAAUUUUUAAUAUAGGUUGCUAUUUGAAAAUCAAAAGUAAGUGGGGGAUUUACUCUCGAAAAUAAGGGUGAUAAAAAAUAACAUAGUAUAUAGUAAUAUGGUAAAGGCUGUAGUAGCUUGUUUCUAAAAUGUUCUAGAAAAAAGGUUCCUAAAAAAUGUAAUACUUUCCAAGAUAAUGAAUGUACUCACUUAAUGAAUCAUCUAGUAUAGUAUAUUUCAUGAAUUCCUUUCUAUAUUCUAUCUUACCAACUUUUAACCAACAACAGUGACCCACCCAUUGUGCGAAUUAAGUCUGUAUUAUUUUUUACAAUCAUGUGUGAUGAUUGCUUCCAAAUAUGUGUUAUUUAUUAAUUUAUCUACAUUUAUAGGGAAACAUUUACUUAUAUCCAGAACCAGUUAACAAGGAAAACGUUCAUUUGAGAGAAUCUCAUUGCUCGAAUGUAGAAUUUAAAAUUUGGCCGAAAUUAAAAUCAAAUGUUAAAUGUAAUAUUAUUGUACGCGUGUAUAUUUUAAGAGCACAUAACUUGCAUCCCAGUGAUAUAGGUGGACUAUCAGAUCCAUAUGUAGAAAUUUUAUUUGGAAAGUCCCGUAGAAUUUCAGAUUACAAGAACUAUAUUCCUAAAUCAUUAAAUCCUAUAUUUGGUAGGUAGGUACAUAUUAUGUAUCGGCAAUUUUCAAAUGUUUCUUAAGUUUUUGUUCACAUUUCAUACAUUUAAAAAAAGAACAUGUUUUUUUUGUUGGUGAAAACUAAUUUUGUUUAUAUGUUUGGUCUUAAAAGAUGUUAUGAAAGAGAAGUAUCGUUACCAGAAUGUUCAGUUAUACAAAUUAGAAUUAUGGACUAUGAUCGAAUUGGAAAAAACGAAUUAAUCGGUGAAACGACAAUAGAUAUUGAAUCAAGAUAUUACAGCAAGCAUAGAGCUCACUGUGGAUUACCAAAUCGAUUUAACAAGUUAUUCUUAGUUGAAAUUAAAUAUUAAACUUGAUAGUUAUUAGUUUAUCCACAAUAUUCGUAAUAGUGAAAUCUAUUAACCAUGUACCUAUUUAAGAUUUUGUCUACAUAUUUCUUAGUUCACAGCUCCCAUAAUAAACAAUUUGAAACAUUCCAAACACCUCCACGAUCACACAUCACGGUCUCAUCGCAGACAUGAUAAUUUUAUCUCUAUAACUGAGCAUUUUACACUAUCAAUAUAAAUUAUAAACCUAUGGAUUUAAUUUUUUUAAUACCUAAUUUUAAAAUAUCAAUUAUUACCUAUAUAUUAUGUACGAUUUAUAUAAUUUAAUAAUAUAUUAUGGAUAAAAAGUUAUGAAGAGAGGUUAUCUUGUAAAUACGCCACUGUAGAAAAAAACUAUAGUGUGAAUACAUUUUCAAGUAACACUAAAUAUUUUGGCUAGAUGACCUUGAAUUUGAAUUAUUUUGAAUUGGUUUUUGACAUACAGAAAUACUUACACAAUAUUAGGAAAAAUGUCCAAUAUUUAAUUCUUUCUGUGCUCGCACGCGCAAUGCAAGUAUACAUCUUACUUUUUUUUUAAACAGCAACACCCAAUUUUUUCUAUAGAUUUGUGUGAGCCUAUUUUUGUAAUCAAUUUUAAUUGAGCAUUUUUUUUUUUUUUAAGUCAAAAUUGACUAACUUAUAGUUUUUUAAAGUUUUAAAAAAUAUUUUUCCAAAUGUUUAAUCUUAUCUCUCUGUACACUUAGGUAUCGUAGGAACAUUAUAAUAAUUAAGAUUGUAAUUAUCUAAUUGUCUAAUUUUAAAUUACCUUACUAUGGUUAAUACCAUGUUGCUUUCAUAAAUCAUUUUUGUACACCAAUUUUUAGUAGUUAUAGGCCUUUUUUAUUGUUUUUAGUAAGUGUUCCUAUAAUUUUACGAAUAUGAAUAACGUUGAAAAAACUGAGUUUUUAAUUUUUAAAGAAUGCCAUCGUAAGGUUAGGUUAGGUAACACUCACCUAGCUUUUCUAACUUGUACCGAACAGUACCCAGAAAGGUGCCAUCUGCCACAUAUUACAUAAUUAUGUUUUAUGAUUCUGAUAAGGAUUAAAUCAAGAAAGAAAAUCUUUGCGUACACAAAAUUGCCAACGAAGGCUAAAACCGAAUACGUUAAAUGGGGAUAUAGAUUUGCAGGUACUGGCUUACAUACAAGCUUACUCCUGUUUGUUUUCCAACAAAUGUGAAGAACUUAGAAAAACGUAGAAAAAUUGGGAAAAUCGGUACGAUAUUAAACAAAUAUUAUUAAAGAUACCUAUUUAAUUGUUUUGCUAUCAUAUGACAUACGUAUUGUUGACAAAGCAUCACUAUCAACUCCACUAUUGAACUCCACUCAGAAUCGUUUUCUCUUUAGCAAUGGUUUAUCAUUGCUUACAGAUACAAAUUAAUUAACCUUCUUUAUCCUACAUUCCCAACUUCUCACCAACAACAGGGGCUACACCCAUAUUUUUUUGUACUUUUUUGUUUUUAGGUUAAGAUUCUUUCUUGAUGUACAAUGGGUGUAAAUUGAAAAAUGAUAAAAGUCUUUAAUUUUUUAUUUGAUUCCAUUAAGAGCCUAAACUUAUAUUAUGGUUAUUUUCUAAAACAUGUUUAGCAAAAUUUGAAUUAGAGACAGUCUUUUUAUACGUUCAAGCCUAUAGAAUAUUGAAUUAAAAAAUCAACAUUUUUGAGAAUAAGAGUGAAUAGAAUCAUGUGGUAUUAUAGCAUCAGUUUAUGUAGGUUUCCUGUAAAUACUAAAAUCAAAAUCAAAUUUAUUGUUUAUUAUGAAAACUGUAAGAUCUAAGAAAUGUAAUUUAUUAUUAAUUUGUAUUUCGAUUGUAAAUUAAAUGUUUUUAUAUAUUUUGUUUAAGUAGUUGACUCAAUUUUCUGCUUGUCUAUUUGAACCUCUAAACCUCAUUAAUGAAAGUGUCAUCAACAUAUCUAUAGUAUGCUUUUAUAUAUGGACUGUAUAUUUUUGUUGUUAUUAUUAUAUUAUUAGUUUCAAAAUUUCGCAUGUAAAUUUCAGAUAAAAGUGCACUUAAGGACCAACUAUAAGUAGCCCUUCUUUUCGAAAAAAUACAACUCACCAAAUAAUAUUGUUAACUAUUGUAGUAUGAAAUAUUAAAAUAAUAUGUCUAACCAAUUCGCUAAAAUUCUGAACAAUGAUACAAAUAAUGUAAAAAUGGCUUUUAAGACUAAUAAUAAUUUAACCAAACAUAAAAACACUAGAACUAAAAUCUUCACAGCAAAUCCCCUUCUUUUGAAAAUGCUAGUUUAUGUAAACUUAAAUGUAACUGUAAUAAAUUGCAUAUAGGUAAGACAAAUAGAAAUAUUAAAAUAAAACAUAAAUUACACAUUUCUGUAAUAAAAUUAAAUAAGGCUGUCUCUAAUUAAAAUUUCGCUAAACAUGUUUUAUAAUAUAAGUAAUAACCAUAACUUUGAUAUUAAUACAGAAUUAGAGAUGUAGAAUAGCUAAAAUGACAUUUACAUUAAUUCAGUUUUAGAAGAAUUACAUGUAUACAAUGAAUUAAAGAAAAAUAAUUUUAAUAAUAUUUGAAAUGUACAAACCAAAUUCAAAAAUUAUAUUUUAUAUCAAUACAUUUUAGAUAAUAAAUAAUAACCAAAUAAUUUAUAUUUCUUAACAUUUCUAUGAAGCAAAUUCCAAAUAUUUGGAGGCCUGCAGCUGAUUUGACGUUUAGGUAGAAAAUACAUUUUGGAUAAAUACAAUAAUUUUGUCGCUUACACUAUUUACACUGCUAAUAAUGUUUAAAUGAAUAUUUAUUAUAAAUAAUUAUUAUUUCUAAUGAACUAGUCGCUUACACCUUUUUAUCAUUGAUAAAGCUGAUUUUUUUAAACUUGUCGAAGUCAAAAAGUCAAUUUGGUCAAAAGUGUCACUUAUUAACUAAUAAUCAUAUACUUGAAUGUUUUAAAAUACACGCUAUAAGUACAUUUCUUUUGUGCUUACCGAUUUGUUUAUUAGAUUAAAAAUAUGGAUGAGAUCACGUAUGAGGCAAAGUAGUUUGACUAGCUUGGUAUUACUUAAUGUACACAGGGUUAUAAAUGCAUUUGUUAAGGAUCGACUUAUUAUACGGUGUGGUGAUCAGAACUGGCCUCCCAGGUAGUGUGACCUAACUCCACUGGAUUUCUUUCUUUGGGGUUACGUUAAAGCUCACGUCCAUGAAAAUAAACUGCGAACCAUUGAAGAAUGAUGAAAUUCGUCGUGUUACUGGUUAACUGGACCAGGAUAUGUUUCGGCAAGUGAUAGCGAUUUUGUCACCAGACUGAAGUUUGUUAGCGAAUCAGAAGUGGACAUAUGCCAGAUAUUAUUUAGGUAUUACAUGUUCAUGUAAUUUUUUUGUUUUCAAAAAAUCAUUAAUUAAACAUUUUUUUUUUUUUUUUGAUAAAGUAAUAAUGAAAUUAAACCCGUCGUUCUUAAUAAACACCCUAUAUAUUAUUAUUAUAGUUAAAUAAUUAAAUAGGCUUUAUAUAUUUUUUUUAAUAAUAUUUCUUUAAUGUUGUACCGAUUUUCCCAGUUUUCCUACGUUUUUCCCGGUUUUUUAGUGUUUUAUCCCGGUUAUUCACAUUUGCUGAGAAAACUCUUAGGAAAAUCGAAAAAAUAUCUCUUUGAAUUACUUUGCUAGUAAAAUUUUCUUUUAGAAACAUUAUUGUCGUUAAAAAAGUUGAAGCGAAAUUGCUGGUAAAAAAGUUGCGUUCAGAUAAAAAUAAAUUGUAAUAUUUAACUAAUAUAUUUCGUACAUUUUCCAAUUUUCCCUCUGUUUUUUUCGGUUUUUCGCAAUUGAUGAGAAAACUCUUAGGAAAAUCGAAAAAUGACCUACAGUGUCUUCCCACAUUGAUUUCAUUUCAGAAAAGAUGCUAUUCUUAAAAAUCAAAAUAGGAGCAAGACUUCUUGUAGAAACGUUGCGCACAGAUAAAAAAAAAAAUAUCUUUGUAAAACCAUAAGCUUCUACGCUCCUCUCAGAAUUUAAUUUGCAAAACCAUAUAGAAAACCCUGUUAUAUAUGUUAAAUUUAUCAAGAAUGGAGUUUAAACAACCAAAAUAAUAGAUUCUAGGAUGAUACGAAUCCACAUUGAUCGCGUAAAAUAAUAUUUCAAACUGUCUGGGAAAUUAAUAUAUGGUUUUAGCUUUUUGAUUCGUGCUUUUUUCAUGAAAUACUUAAUGUUAGACAAUAUUUAAAUUUGUAUUAAACGAACUACCAAUAUUAACAACAGUGAAAUAUUAUUAAAUGAAAUAAUUGAAUCGCCAGAUUGUUAUAUUGAUUAGUAUACAUGGAGCAGUUUCUUGGACAACACGAUAUCCGGAUUUAAUGUUUUAGAUUUUUUUUUUUUGUGGGGGUAUUAGAAAAUUGGAGAUUAUUACACUGAUAUUAACAGAGGACCAAAUAAAAGUGGUGAAAGUAACAUAACUUAUUAACGGUUUGAAUUAUGAGUAAGCAUCACAAGGAAAAUAUUGAACAUUUCAUUAGAUAAAUAUAUAUUAAUGUUAUUUUAUUAAUUAAAUAAUGAAUAAAACAUUUUCAAAAUAGAUUAUUGUUGUUUGUUAAAAUGUGAACAACUAUAAUUUGGUAAAUAUUGAGUUUAGAAAAAAAAAAAUGGUUUUAUGAAAAUUACUUACAAAAAUAGAUCUACUCGAAUGUAUAUAAAAAUAAAAAUAAGGUUGCAAUUUAAAAAAAAGUAAGUUGUAUUGCGCAUUUAGAAAGCGCACAGAAAGAGUUAAACAUUGGAAAUGUAUCUUGAAUUGUGUAUUUCAGUACUCCAUAUCACCUACUGAAAAUGAAAUUUAAAUUCAAGGACAAUCAGAAGAAAUUACCGCUAGAUAUAUUAUAUUUAAAUUUGAAUAUAUAAAAAAAAAAAAAAAUGUAUUUUUAUAAAACCAAUAUGGAAUAUUUAUCAAACAAUUUUUUUUAAACCUGUAUUUACCUGGAACUGGUUUAAAGUAAUCAAAUUAUAAUAGUUCCCAAGUGGUUUUUGUUGUGAUCGAUCAAUUUAAAUCAAAUUAUAAUUAGUUAAAUAUAAUAUAUAUUUUCAGGGAUGGAUAUAAUCGUUGGAGGGACACUGAAAAUCCGACAAAUAUUUUACACAAAUUAUGUCUUAUGCAUUCGUUAAAACCUCCAAUAUAUAUGCAAAAUAGCGUUAAAAUCGGUUCUAAGCAGUUUUAUGAUCCAGGUGAAAACAAAAAUAUUGACAGACAAUCGUUAGCUUUAUACGCAUUAAACCAUUGGCACGAGAUGCCAGUUGUCGGUUACUUUUUAGUUCCAGAACACGUAGAAACGAGAACAUUAUACAAUCCAAAUAUGCCCAAUUUGCAUCAAGUAAUUUAUCAUAAAAUAAAAAAAUAA